UGAAACUGACAUAAACUAUAUUUAUCUGUCUAGUUCGCGCGUUUCAAGUCUUUCAUUUUUGCUUUUUUCCCAUCACUGUCAUGUGUAUGCCGACAAUGCGUUCAGACUGCAUUAGAUUAUUCAGCUUUUGGUGACAGUGAUCUUAUAGACAUUUCUACAUAUAUCCUUGCAUAUCUGGCGGGCCUUCCCUGAGUCGUCUUUGGCAAUCGUAAGGAAUUGGAUCAAGCAUUCCCUGUGGAAAGUUUAAGGUGGAGACCAGUGCCAUAACAUAUCCAGGAGGUUUUUCCGAAGGUUGAAGGCUUAGGACCACAUGCUGUCAUGCUGUCCUUAGAUGAGCCACUGGACCUGAAAGUGCCCAGGGGGCGGGUCAAUGGGCGGGACAGAGGCACCAGAUCCCCGUCUGCUCUCACGCCCUCUCCAAUGCAUGCCAAGGGGUCCGGCCAGCUACGCAUGGCAGACGAUGGUACAGCCGUGAUUGUCCCAGCAUCUCCUGCUUCUCCACACACAGCAGGUGUCCUGCAGGAAAAGUCUGAGACCCCCUCACCCUCCGCUGUGGACCUCAGUAUGUCACCGUCCUCUCGCAAUACCACCUGCUCUCCAGAUCUCACCAACGGACACGGCUCGGCUCCGGUCUUUCAUGGGGACUCGGCUCACAUCCGUUACGUAGAGGGCGGGGCCACUUCUCAAGCUUUCCAGUUUUUUGUGCCCAUUGGAGCAGGAGGAGGGCUUCACCUGCCUUCCUCGAUGUUCAUUCGGCAACCCAAGGACACUCGAGCUUCUCCGGACCUCUCCGCGGAUGAACAGCUGGCCUGUCGGUGGAGAAAGUGCCACCUGCUUUUUGACUCCUUGCAAGACUUGGUGGACCAUGUCAAUGACUUUCACGUGAAGCCUGAAAAGGAUUCUGGGUACUGUUGCCACUGGGAGGGGUGUGCCCGCAAAGGGCGGGGCUUCAAUGCAAGGUACAAGAUGCUGAUCCACAUCCGCACUCACACCAACGAGAAACCUCACCGCUGUCCCACCUGCAACAAGAGCUUCUCGCGUCUUGAAAACCUCAAGAUUCACAAUCGUUCGCACACAGGUGAGAAGCCUUACAUCUGCCCUUACGAGGGCUGCAACAAGCGUUACUCCAACUCCAGUGACCGCUUCAAGCACACUCGCACCCACUACGUGGACAAACCCUAUUAUUGCAAAAUGGUGGGCUGCCUGAAACGCUACACAGAUCCCAGCUCUCUAAGGAAGCACAUUAAGGCUCACGGGCAUUUUGUUGCCCAGGAACAGGGAGGUCCGGGAGGCGUGGGCUCGCUGUUGAAGCCCGGGUCGGCUAAAGAAUCCGAGCUGACUUACGUCAAUGGGGCCCACAUCAUCAUUCCCGGGGCGGCAGCUGCUCUCCUGGGCAGCCAUGGUCUGCAGGGUCUGGGAGGCUCAAUACCCCUAAGUCCCCGCCCCUUGGACUUGAGCAAUCUGGGCUGCCCGAGUUCCCCUCCAGCUGGGCUUCUGUCCUUCGCCGGCUCCCCGCUCGGCCUGGCCAAAUCUUCCCUGUUGUCUCACGCCUUCUCAUCUUCUGCACUCGGGCUACCCGUUGUACCGGUUUUGGCCUCGGAGCGCAGGGACCACGGGAAGGGCAAGGCCAGAGGUGUUGAGGGUGAGGAUGAGAUGCACGGGGGCGUACUCAACCUUUCUACGGGAACAUCCCACGACCCCCUGUCUUGGGUGGUCAUCCCCUCCGGUCAGGUUGUGUUGAAGCCGGCUGUGGUCAACUGAGCCCCGCAUUCCAGAGGAACGACAGGGGUGGGGGGGUGUAACAACGGGGGUCAGAGGUCAAAGGCGAGCAUGUGGGGGGUUUUCACAAAGCAAAUGCAGUCACUCUGUUCUUUAACUUUGCAUUUCUGCACUACCUGCGUCUGAUACUUUUACCUGUUUCCUGUGGUUACAGUUUACUGAGGCAGAAAACAAACCUAGCGUUAAAACUCUGAAAGGUCACCUUUGUUUCAUACCGUUUCUUAUCUGCUACUCUUUUGUUGUCCGUUCAUAAGAGCACUGAUAUG